UUAUCGCGUCUGUCCCCAGGUUUCGUAGUCACUGAUUGUGGAGCCUUGCAAUUUGCCAUCUUCAAGCACCAUGCAUUUCGGAACAACUCGGAAGCCGCAUUGGCAGCCAUAGACGCCGGAGUGAACUUGGAAAAUUCCGUCUCCAACGUGCCCAAUGUGUUCUCCGCAUUGCCACAAUUAGUCCAUGAUGGCCGCGCGUCUCGUGAGGCUCUGGAGCGAAUGGCACGACCCUUGUAUCUGGCUCGUUUCCUGCAAGGCGAGUUCAACCCACCAGAAUUGGAUCCAUACCGAUUCCUGUCACCAGAAAUGGUAUGA